AUGAGGGCAAAAAUACGUACUCAUCAUGGAGAACAUCUUAGGAGGCACUGCCCAAAACCCUCUUGCAGCUUAGGAGGCAGUAGUAUCACUGGCAAGUGCUACGUGUGUGAUCAGAUGGGGCAUUAUGCACGAUAUUGCCCUAAUAAGAAACCAGCUGGAGGUGCGCCAGCUAAGAAACCAGUUGGAGAGCGGCCCAAAGCACCAGGGCAUGUGUUUGCACUGAAGACCACUGAGGUGACUCAGUCAGGUAACCUGGUGGAGAAUACCUUCUUGAUUUUUGGUAACAGUGUGGUUGUGUUGUAUGACUCAGGAGUUACCCAUUCAUUUGUAUCCAAUGAAUGUGUGAGGAAGCUCGGACUUGUGAUGCGAGAGCUGGGGUGCGAGUUAAUAAUCACGACACCAACGUCUGGCGAGGUAUCCACCAGCUUUGUUUGUGUGGGAUACCCUAUGGAGGUGGCAGGCAACAAGUUCAAGGUGAAUCUCAUUUGCUUGCCAAUGGAGGGCUUAGACGUGAUUCUAGGAAUGGACUGCCGGUCGAGCAACCAUAUUGUCAUCGAUUACGGACGACACAAGGUAGUGUUCCCAAACACAGAAGGAUUAGAGCUUAUAUUGUCUAAUCAGGCGAUGAAAGAGAUAGAAGUUGGAGCCACUUGCUUCAUGAUAGUGGCUCAAGGAGAGAAGAAGGGUACAACGGAGCAGAUCCGAAGCAUACUAGUAAUGGAUGAGUAUGCAAAUGUCUUUCCAGAUGAAAUUUUAGAACAUCCACCAAGUAUGGAUGUGGACUUCACUAUUGAUCUCAUCCCUGGAGCUGGCAGUCUCUAUGGGACCAUAUAG